AUGGACUCUGGCGUGACAGAACAAGUGUGGGAAUUGGAAGAUGCAUGGGUCGAUGCCCAGGGUAACUUCACCCUCUGGAAACAUGACUGGAUUCACGUCACGCCCACGAUCAACUUGGAAGAAGAAGAAAAGACUAAUGCAACAAACAAUGAGGGCGUCCCACAAAUCAUCGGACGGCAGAAGGGUCCCAUAAAUACGCCUUUGGAGAGGCGCUACCAGUGUGAUCAGGAGAACCGCGCUCCACUGGUGGUGUGUGAGUCUCUGAUAGAUUAUGUGGCACCGCGCAAGUCAGGGCAACUGGCCGAGCUCACACCCCGUCGAUACUGCCUGGAGAAUAACAACGGCAAAUGCUGCAUUGGUUGGGAACUUGCAAGUGCACAGCGUGAAUUAUCCGACUAUUUCCAACCAAUGGGUGCUCUCAGAGUGGUGAUGGAGAGGUGCCGAUACAGGACAGAGCUGGUCGCCGGCUGGGGAUCCGUUCACGUGCCUAACACCGGCAUUUUCGCUCACGAAUAUCUUCACAGGGGUUAG